AUCAAUUCAAUAAUAUAAACAAAGUCAUUGAUUCCUUUCAUUAUAGCGAUUGAAAGUUUUCUGAUGAACAUUUUCAGACAAAAUGCUAGUUUUUGAAGAUGGAAUAAUUAAAACUCCUGAUUUUCAAUUUAAUGAAAAUUGCGGGGGUAUUGGUUGUAUGCUUUUCGAGUACUUAAAAAAAUAUAGUGACAGAAUUGCAUUGUUAAAUACUUUUGACGACAACUACCUUACCUAUGAGCAACUAUUCCAGAAAACCGUAUCUGCGGCCGUGGCUCUACAAAAACGCGGAAUAAAACCAAAAGACUUGAUAGCCAUUUGUUCAAAUAGGGAAAAUCUUGAAGCGAACAUUCCAAUAAUUGCCGCCCAGUUUUUGGGAUGCGUUACUUUUAGCAUAGAUCCGACAAUGAGCUUUGAUGAAAUUUUGGAGUUGGUUAAACAAGUGCAACCAAAACUGAUAUUUGUUAUACAUGAUGCAAAGCAAAUCAUAAAGGAAGUUUUCCAAGAGUGCAACUAUGAGGUUGAUUUAAUCGAGUUUGGUUUGCAAUUUCAAUCAGAAUUUUUACAAUUUUAUCAAGAAUUUCAGCCACUAUUUAUUAAAAAUCUGCAAGAAACUUGCAUGAUUCAUUUCAGUAGUGGUUCCACAGGAACCCCGAAACCCAUUUGCUUGAAUCAUUAUUAUUUUCUUGUAUUCAUACAUGAAGGCAUUGACCCAACAAAUCACCGAACAACUUCUGUAAGUCUCAGAACCUCAAAUUGGUACUGGGUCAGUGCCUCGAUGGAAAUGAUUAGUUUUAUAAGUGAUGGAGGCUGCAGACUGUUGCAAGAUAAAAUGUGCAUCCAGAAACUUUGGUUUAUAGUUGAGAAAUACAAAGUCACCCAUCUAAUGCUUACUCCUUUACAUUGCAUUGAAUUAACGGAAACGCCAAAACCGACUAAAGUGGAUACUUCUAGCUUGCUGAAAAUUUCUAUUGGAGGAUAUGUACUUCAUAAAGAGUAUAUGAUUAAGUUGAGGCAACUUUUGCCAGGUGUCCAUAUAAUGCAAACAUAUGGAAUGACUGAAUGUGGCAUUAAUACAAUUUUCAAUGAGAAUAUUCCCUACCACAGAAAACUAUUGCAUGAAAAGCCUGACAGUUGUGGCUUACCAGUAAACGGACUUUACUAUAAAGUAGUUGAUUUGAAUACUGGCAAAAAUUGUGGCCCAAAUCAACAAGGAGAAUUAUAUUUAAAGGGUCGAAAAUUAUUUACCGGUUUUCACAAUCAAGAUUCUUCGGCGUCUUUUGACAAAGAUGGAUUUUUUGCAACUGGAGAUUUGGUUUAUUUUGAUAACGAUUUUUGUUUUUUUAUUGUCGACAGGAUUAAAGCAGUGCUAGGCUGGAAUGACUGGUUAAUUUAUCCAAGUCACAUAGAACAAGUUCUGUUUAGCCAUCCGGCCGUUUUUAAUGCAAUGGUUAUUGGUAUACCGCACAAAAUCGAAGGUGAAAGACUUAUGGGUGUGGUAAUAUUAAAAGAAAGUAGUGCUGGAAAAGUUAAAGAAGAAGAGCUGGUUAAAUAUGUGGAAGAUAGAGUUGAAGACCAUAAAAGGCUGCGCGAAGGGUUGGUGUUUGUGAAAGAAUUUCCCACCACAAUCACUGGAAAAGCUAACAGAUUGAAAGUCAAGGAAAUGAUUGUAAAAAAUCUCCAUUGAAAAAAUUUGUAUUAAUAAUGCUAGAAAUAAAAUUGUUUGUAAUGUCAACUAGCUACUUUAGGAAUGGAGGACCCGGUAUUCAACCAUAUUAAUUAAUCGAAUGUUAAUUGCAAUUCAGCGAUAAAUUUAUAUAAAUAGUGGGCCAAGCCGAGCAACAGACAGAUUUGAACCAGUGUUAGUACCACCACCCUGGGAAAGCCCCUUUAGAUGAGAAUCAGUUAAACGGCGAUUAACAUUCUAUGUAACAUUAAACCGACAUUCCUUUCUAAGUAGCGUCAAACGUGUGGCCCUUCCCACGGAAGAGCAUGCAUCCUGGAGCAUUCAUGACGUAAUGACUUCUUAGCAAAUAUACACCUUUCUAUAUAAAA